GGCGGCGGGCAGCGGCGGCGGCAGCAGUGAGUUCCUUGGAGAGAAGAUGGGAACGAGUGGGAUUUCAGAUGAGAUCCCCGAGACCUCUCUCUCCAUCGCGCCACGGAUGGCGUAGGGGUGGACGAGAAGCUGUCCCUGCGGCGGGUGGCCGUGGUCGAAGAUUUCUUCGACAUCAUCUACUCCAUGCACGUGGAGACAGGGCCAAAUGGAGAACAAAUUCGGAAGCACGCUGGGCAGAAGAGAACGUACAAAGCGAUACAGAAAAAUGUGUGAAAUGCUCAAAGUUUCAGAUACAGAUUUCAGAGAGCUAUGCCUUCCUACCCAGAGAGGCGGUGACGCGGUUCCUCAUGAGCUGCUCCGAGUGCCAGAAAAGAAUGCACUUAAACCCCGACGGAACCGAUCACAAAGAUAAUGGGAAGCCUCCCACUUUGGUGACCAGCAUGAUUGACUACAACAUGCCGAUCACCAUGGCCUACAUGAAGCACAUGAAACUGCAGCUGCUCAGCUCACAGCAAGAUGAGGAUGAGAGCUCAAUAGAAAGUGACGAAUUUGAUAUGAGCGAUUCCACGCGGAUGUCGGCUGUGAACUCUGAUCUCAGCUCCAAUCUUGAGGAAAGAGUGCAGAGUCCCCAGGCUCUUCAAGGCCAGCAGGAUGAUGAUUCCGCUGCAGAGAGCUUUAAUGGCAAUGAGACUGUGGGGCAAAGUUCAACUGCUUCAGGGGGAACACACAGCAGGGAGAUGGGCGACUCCAAUGAGGAUGGCAAAACUGUGCUGGAGCAGGACCAGCAGCCCCUGAACCUGAGCGACAGCCCCCUCUCAGCACAGCUCACUUCGGAAUACAGACUAGACGACCCCAGCAGUGAUGGGAAAAACAAGUACAAGCCUCUGCUAAUUUCUGACCUCAAGAUGGAACAGGAGGCGAGAGAAAAUGGAAGCAAGUCCCCUGCACACAGCUACUCCAGCUACGACUCCAGCAAACACGAGGGCGGAGAGCGAGGGGCCGAGGACCUGUCCCUGCACCGGGGGGACGAGGAUGAUGAGGACCACGAGGACCACGACGACGCCGAGAAGGUGGCCGAGACGGACGGCGUGGAGGCCGAGCGGCUGAAGGCUUUCAACAUGUUUGUCAGGCUGUUUGUAGAUGAAAACUUGGACCGAAUGGUCCCAAUCUCUAAGCAGCCCAAAGAAAAGAUCCAGGCUAUCAUUGACUCAUGCAGGCGACAAUUCCCUGAGUACCAAGAGCGUGCCAGAAAGCGCAUCCGUACUUACCUCAAGUCCUGCAGGCGGAUGAAAAGAAGUGGUUUUGAGAUGUCGCGACCUAUCCCUUCCCACCUUACCUCAGCAGUUGCAGAGAGCAUCCUGGCCUCGGCCUGUGAGAGCGAGAGCAGAAAUGCUGCCAAGAGGAUGCGCCUGGAGAAGCAGCAGGACAAGUCCGCGCCAGCCGACAAGCAGAGCAAACCGGAGGCGGCCCCGGCCACUCACGCAGCCUCGGCGGUGUCCGGCUCUCAGGAGGUGCUGUACAUCAACGGCAACGGGACCUACAGUUACCAUAGUUACCGAGGCCUCGGAGGGGGGCUGCUGAGCCUGAGUGACGCCUCCAGUAGUGGGCCCACGGAUCUCAGCAUGAAGAGGCAGCUGGCGCCCAGCUCGGGGUCCUCCAGCAGCUCCAGCUCCAGGCCCCAGCUGAGUCCCACCGAGAUCAAUGCGGUGAGGCAGCUGGUGGCCGGGUACCGAGAAUCAGCUGCAUUUUUACUGCGUUCCGCGGAUGAACUGGAAAAUCUCAUUUUACAGCAGAACUGACUCGGAAGGCCAUCCUCAUCACUGAGGUCUCCGUUUGCACUAAUGACAUUCUGACUUCCCAGCAGAGAGGGCCCUACUGCACAGUCUUAAGGGAAACACUUCCAUUCUGCCACCUUGUCCUGGGUCCGUAGUGUGAUGUGUUCAGGUGCUUCAAAGGAACGCUGGCCUCUGAAGCACUUGAGAUGCUGUGUGUCCGGCCUGCUACUUUUUGUUUUCGUGUCAGCAUAACUGUCUGGGCCAAAAAAAAAAGGCUGUAGAUUCCUACUUCAAGGAUAAAAUGGAAGAAGCUUGUGGUGUAAAGAAUAGCUCCAGAUCCAACUGAAAUAUUAGUGGAAUUUGCUACUGACUUAUUGGACUGAAAGCUGCAGGAUCUGGCAAAGAAGAAAACACAAAGCCAAAAUUUCUUGUUACAGGUUAUCACAAUGAAAAGGAUCUUGUAUUUUAAAAAAAUAUAUAUAUAUGUAAUUUUUAUAAAAAGGAAACUUGUUUUUCAUUCAAAAUGGUCAUUUUUACUUUGGUAACUUUUUCAUAGGUCCUAAAAGAAAACUGUUUUGAGAAACUACUGUAAGUACCUUUUCCACAUCCCUUUGCCUUCUCCUCUUUCCAAAUUCUUUCUACAAAAAUAACACUUGAUGCUGGAAAAAACAACAACCCUUGCCUAUGUUCUUUACAUCGUCAUAUCAGGAAGUACUUCCAGGAGAAGCCUGCACUCACGCUGACCCCAGGCAACACUGCAGCUUUGCCGUAGAGGUUUUCAUCACAGUUUAAUAUUUCAAAAGACAUAUCGUUGGGGGGGAGGGGGGUCGCACCUUGGUUUCCUGCAGCUCACCCCACACAGCCGCUGCUCUGUCUGACAGGCAUCCCUCCAGCAGCAACUGGAUGUAGAUGUCAAUGUUAGGAGGUUGCAAGUGACAAUCUGAAAAUUUGCACUCAUGUGUAGUUUAAUUUUCAUUUCUCCAUUUCAUAGUUUCCAAAAAGACCAUUGCCUCUCCUGAUAUGACAUGUAUGAUUUACAGUCCUGGGUCAACAUGGUGUAAGGGACUCUUGGUGGCUGCAGUGGCAACUUAAAUGACCGGCCCCUCCUCGACCCCAUCCUCUGCCCUUCUUUCUGAUUUUGUAGCGUUGGGUACACAUGAAGGGUGUUUUCUUUGUGCACUGAGGCGAGCCUGUUUUUAAGCUAUGUAGGGAGUACAUCAGUUAAUGCUUCUCUUACAGUUUUUCUGUUGUUUAGCUUUGGUUGGAUUAAAAGUUCUUUGCGCAUUCCUGAACUUUGCCUUAUUUUUAUGUAAAAUUUAUGUCAUUCAGUUUUUGAUACGUUUAGGCAUCAGUGAAAUUUCUUAUCUACUUGUUAUAGUUUUUCAAGUAAUGACUGUGAUUGUGACCAAGUAAUGUGCACUUUUUCUUGUAACUGUGGACAUUGCUAUGCUUUUUUCUUCUAGUGUUUCUAGAACGACUGUUCCUUACAAGUUAUGUAAACAAAAAACAAAAACAAACAAAAAAUUUUGUGAUACUGUUGGUGAAUAUAAUGUGAAAAAUCUUAUUGAAAUAUGAGUAUUUUGGAAAUACAUAGAUGCACAAACAUCUUUUAAGAUGUGGAUUUAGAGUUUGCUUAUUUAAAUGAAAAUUCAAAAAUUGAGGGCUGGUAUAAUUUUGUUUUGUUGGGUUUAAUAAACAGAUUUCUGUG